UCUCCAUCACCCCCAAUUUCCUGACCUAAAACCCUAACCACCACCUCAUCCUACCGCCACCACCACCACCACAUCCUGCCGCCACCAUCAUCUUCCUCCAACUGCAUCUUCCUCACCCUCUCCGGGAGCCAUCUCACAAUCGCGGGAGCCAUCCCCGGGUGCAACGCAGUGUCCGCAGGGUCAAACAAGUGGUACGCAGUCCACAUGGUGGCCACGGUCCUGACCGCGACAUUCCAAGGUGUGGUGGGUUACAGGUUGUUAGAGGGUUUAUAAACCUAGCUGCUCAUAACUGAAUAAAGCCUCGAAUUGGUGAACAUCUAUCCAGGGGCGGAUUUAGGCGAACAACCACCACUCGCCAGCCGCCGCCUCCACCUCCGACCGUCCACGUUCCACCUAUCCAAUUCUAGCCGUUGGUUCCACCACUCCUAAUCUCUCAGAUGGCUAAUGGAUUGGGUUCGGAAUGCAUAGUUUGUGGGCAUGUGGGGAUGGAUGACGGUUCCGAUGGCUUUUUUUACUGCCAGCGAUGCGGGGCUCAAGCUGACGGAAUCAGGGACACCGCUGUCGAUCAAGAUGAAAUGCUUUUGACCAAAGAGAAUAUAGGGAGUGUUGUUCAAAGGCGAGUAAGUGUUGUUAAACCCGAGCCCAUCACCCAAUCCCAACCGCUUUCACAAUUUUGGGAAACUCUAAUGACCGAAGUGGACAAUGACGCUGAAGCAGGUGAUGGGGUGGGUCCUACUAAGCCUGCUGAUUUUGGGAGUGAGCCUGAAGGCCCUAAACCAUUGGGUUAUGAAGAUUAUUAUUCAGAAAUUAGAAUGAGAUAUGUGAUGGGUGUCCAGAUAAUGAUCGAAUUGCAGGUCAAGGCUUUGGUUGAAGAGUUUAACGUGUGUCCAGUAAUUGUUGGCAUGAUUGAGCCCGUUUGGUUAAGAUUUGUAGCAUCUACUAAGCUUUUCUCUGACGAUUGGGCUGAUGAGGCUAUUAAUGAAUCGGAAUCUCAAGUGCAAGGGGUAACAGAAAGUGUUGGGGUUAGGGCUGAGCAUAAAUCUGAGCCUCAUAAUUUACUCGGUAAACGAUCUGUAAUGAUAUGGUACCAAUCAGUGAGCAAGACAAUACCUUUAUAUUACUCUUUAGUAAUUUCUUUUUUGGCAUGCCAUUUGGCAAGGGAGCCAAUCUUAUCAACCGAUAUAGUUAAGUGGACACUUGACGGAAAACUUCCCUAUUUUGCCGCCUUUGUCGAAAUCGAUAAAAAAAUAGGAUCCCCUACUAAGGCAUGUCCCCUAAGUUCAAGCCGUAUGUUUAGACCUACACAAGCUAUUUCAAUGCAAAAACUCGAGUCAUUAGCAGCUUCUAUUGCUCAAGAAAUCGGAUUAGAAUUACCUCCGGUUAACUUUUAUGCAAUCGCUUCCCGUUAUCUUAAGCAGUUAUCUCUUCCAGUUAAUAUUAUUCUCCCUCAUGCAUGCCGGAUAUAUGAGUGGUCUAUGCCACCCGAGCUGUGGUUAUCUGCUAACGAGUUCAGACUUCCGACACGCGCUUUUAUAUUGUCUAUACUUAUAGUUUCGAUUAGGAUUCUUUACAAUAUCCAUGGCUUCGGGAAGUGGGAAAUGUCGUUGUCCUGUGCAGUUAAAAGAAAAGAUGGAAAAAAGUCGGAAGUUAAUAAUGACGAUGAGCUGUCACAGCCAAGUAGCAGCCAGUCAGAUGUAGAUGAUUCUGCUGCAGAGCCUUACAGUAAGCGGUCCGAACAAUCCAACUUCGAUGCCACGGAGAUUUUAGUUUUACUACACUCAAAAUACAAUGAGCUUUUUGAUACAAGUGAUCACGGUAAGGAUUUAAAAGAAUAUCUUAAAUAUUGUAAAGAUGUUGUUUUUGCUGGCGUGGAACUGUCAUUUGAGGAUCAAGAGGAAGAUAAGAUUAUAGAGGACCUUUGGAAGUGUUACGAGAAUAAAAAGGAUCAUAAACCAUCGGAGUUAUGUUCUUUGAGCCCGACUAGUGUUCACAAGAGACCUCGAGAUCAUUCACAAAGCCAAAAGAACAAGACCAAGACUAAGAAACCCAAAGAUGAAAUUACCCCCGACUCCAAGGAUUCCCACAAAGAUAGAGAAAUAAGUCGGAUGAAAUCAAACAUGGAAGAGAACAAAUUUUGUUACAUUCCUCCAAGGAAAAGAGUGAAAAGACAUGAUUACUUACACUACACAAGGAAAAAAGGGGACGGGGCGUAUGUUUAUGCUGCACAUGCGGAUUAUUACAUCCUACUACGUUCUUGUGCACGAGUGGCUCAACUUGAUAUCAGGAGUAUGCAUGCCGCAGUGCUUAGUUUCGAGAGACGAUUGGUUUGGUUAGAGAAGAACAUACAACACUCGUUGAAACAGAUGCCUUGUAAUGAAGAUUGCCAACUUUGUCAUGAUGGCAAUGCUAUAAAUCUUUCCAAGUUAAACUUGUGAGAUUUGUUCAUAUUUUGUUGUUUAUCCCUCCUGUAACAAGGAUCCAAUUUUUGUCCAAAGAAAUGAGAUCCAAUUUUGCAUCAUCCAUUGUAUAUGAUUUGGAAAAAUAUAUUACAACUUUUGUUCGAUUU